UUUUUGUCCUGUUCUGCUUCGCCGCCAUUUUGGGAGUCAAGCAGCCGCAGACAAGGAGGAUCCACGCGGCUCCACCAUGGUCCACACCUGCGUGGUGUCCGGCUGCAGGAACAGGAGGACUCCGGGGACCAGCCUGUCCUUCUACCGCUUCCCCCGGGACCCUGACAGGAAGCAGCGCUGGAUCAAUGCCGUGAACCGGGAGGGCUGGAUCCCUAACGACGGCAGCCGGCUGUGUAGUACUCACUUCAUCUCAGGUAAACAGGUGAAGAACCCACGUUCUCCAGAUUAUGUUCCUUCUGUGUUCACCGCUGCUCCAUCGUCUCCAGAGAUGAAGGAACCGGGUGCCUUAGAGAUCCUGGACAAGCAGGAGGCUCGAGUGGAGGCUGCCAACGCCUUGUUGUUCCUGCAGGGUCAGGGAAGGUCUGCAGAGGAGCAGGAGGAGCUUCCUGAGGAGCAGGAGGUCACUGUGGAGGAAAGUGUUUCCUCCACAGUCAGCACUGAUGAAGAUGAAGAUGAUGAUGAAUCUGUGAGUGACAGUAAGAGAGAAAAGUUUGCUCAGACGUCUGAUCCUCCGGUGAACUUUGAGGACAUCCUGAAAGCCCUGAAGAAGGAGAACCAGGCGCUGAGGGAGUCUGUGGACAGGAUGUCUCUGUCUGAGAACUCUUUGAGGAAUGAUGCAGAGAAGGUGAAGUUCUACACCGGGUUACCAAACUACUUUGUGCUGGAGACGGUCAUGUGGCUGCUGGCUCCUCACAUGGACGUCGUGAAGAACGUGAAGCUCUCUAAGUUCCAGCAGCUGCUGCUGACGCUGAUGCGUCUCCGUCUGGACCUUCGGAACCAGGACCUGGCCUACCGCUUCGGUGUGAAGGUCGGCACGGUGACCAGGACGGUGCACCGGAUGGUCCACAUCAUGUCCUCCACUCUGGUGCCCACGGCCGUCUUCUGGCCCUCCAGAGCUGAGCUCCGGAAGAACCUCCCGGCGGCGCUGCGGUCGUCCCACCCCGACUGUGCCGUCAUCGUAGACUGCUUCACAGUGCCCUUCGAGGAGCCGGUCUCCCGGGGCAACCAGCAGCAGUGGGCGCUGCGGGGCCGCAGCCAGCUCAAGUACCUGAUCGGCGUGGCUCCGCAGGGCGUGGUCACCUUCGUCUCCAGAGGAGUGGUGGGGAACGUGAGCGAUAAGAGCCUGGCGGAGGGCUGCGGGCUGCUCUGCAAGCUGCUGCCUGGAGACGUGGUCCUGGCCGGCAGAGAUCUGGACAUCAGGGACUCGGUCGCUGCUCGAGGAGCUUCCUUCAGAACCACUUCCUGCAGAACUGCCGACCGACAGACGGAGAUGAUGGUCGGGUCUGACUUGCCGGCCAAUGUCUCCUCUGAGGCCAGCAUCCAGAGACAUGUGGAGAAGGUGAUCUCCAUGGUGAAGAAGCGCUACACCAUGCUGACCGGCCCGGUGGAGAGUCCCUUCACCUCGGCCUCAGAGCGGACCUCCAACCUCUGCACCUUUGACAAGAUCGUCCAGGUCGCCUGUGCCUUAAACAACCUGUGCAUCUCUGCUGCUCCACUGGAGUGAUUCCUCCUGAAGAUCUCUUUACUGCUCUCCAUGUUCUCCAUGGUCUUCAUGCUCUCCAUGUUCUCAAUGUUCUUCAUGUUCUUCAUGUUCUCCAUGUUCUCCUCUUCACUACUUUAUACUUGAUGUCAUGAAGUUAUGCAAUCCAGCUGGAGACGAAAGGAAAGAGUUUGAUUCUGUUGUAUUUAAUCUUUGAAUGAAGAGAACAUUAAUCUGAGGUGAAAAUGCUGGUGUUGUGUUUGUGGUUCUUCUAAACUUGGAGGUUUAAACUUAGUGAUGUUUACUUCCUGAAACCCUCAACUAGACCAAGGUGAACCUGAGAACGUGAUCCAGCUGCUGGUCCUAUUAACUCCAGGUCUUACUAAUCCCCAGAGAAGCUCAUUGAGAUGUUUGAAUAUUUUGUGAAAACUGAAAGAAUCUGGAUCAGACUGACUCCAGAAACAUCUCAAGCUGCUGAUCUUCUGAUUUUAGAACCAAAGUCUUUUCUGAUGAGUUAGAAACGAGGAUUGUUCUGAGUUUAUUAAUAUUUUCCUGUCAGCUGAUCGUCCGAACAUCUCCACUGUCAUGUGACUAACCACUGGUGCAGAGGGAGUUUCCUUCCUGAAGGGGGCGUGACCAACAGAUGAGCUGAAGAAUUAAACCCUUUCUGAGAAGACUUUAAUCUGUCAACAUGAGAUCUUUAGCUGUAGUUUUCACUGAUAUAACUUCUGUUUGGUGUAAACCAGGUUUGAUGACCACCUCAGAUGGAGCAGGUUGACUUUCAGGAACAACGUUCACUUUCUGCAUUCAUGGUUGGUGGUUUUAGAUUUAGAAUGAAUCCUGAAUGGAUCUUCUCCUUGAAGACAUCGUCUUCAGGGCUUCUCUCAGAAUAGAAGAACGUUCUGCAGAAACCAAACUGGACCUGAAGGUUCCAACUAAACAGUGAUGUCAGUGUUUAGCUUCACACUUUUCAAACUGUCCCAGCAUUCAGUGGAGAUGUUUGAACCUUCUGCCUGAACACUCAGAUGUUCUCUGCUGGUGAAGAAUGAAGAUGUGUUUUUGUUCCAUGAAUAAAUUAAUUUCCUUCACAUUGCUGCUGAAGUUUGGGUCCCAGUGGAUCUAAACGUUCUGUAAACAGAUUGUUUUUGUUCUGAUGUACAUUUGCUGUGUGGUGGAUUCAUUCUUAUGAAUCCUUGGAGCUUCAGUAGAAACCAUCUGGACUUCUCUUGAAGGUUCUUGAAACAUCUCACCUUCAUCCAAGAAGCAUGCUCAGUUCUAACUGACUAAUGGGGAGUUCCAGAGUUUAUAGUCCCUCCAGCUAACAUGGCUGAUGGUCCGUUCACAACCAGGACUCACUUGUUUGCAGGUGUAGAUGCUGAGAAACCAGGAGGUCCAACAGCAAUCAUGGUGGAGCUGCCAGUUUACACAACAAAGGAUGUGAAUCUGUCCAGUCAGGAGUGAUGCGGUGUAAGCGGUCUCAUCUUCAAGGAAAUGUGAAAACAUCUUCCUGAACCUUCAAGAGAAGUCCAGUUGGUUUCUACUGAAGCUCUUGUAGGUUCAUGAAGACGUUUCACCUCUCCUCCAAGAGGCUGGACUUCUCUGGUAGGUUCUUGAUGAUGUUUUGAAGAACUUACUAGAGAAGUCCAGUUGGUUUCUACUGAGGCUUUAUAGGUUUUUUGAAGACGUUUCACUUCUCCUCCAAGAGACUGGACUUCCCUGGUAGGUUCUUGAAGACGUUUCAUGUUCUUGAGGAGGUGAAGCAUCUUCAAGAACAUACAAGAGCUUCAGUAGAAACCAACUGGACUUCUCUGGCAGGUUCUUGAAAACGUUUUCACCACCACAUCUUGGAUGAGAGGUGAAAACGUCUUCAAGAACCUACUAGAGAAGCCCAGUUGGUUUCUACUGAAGCUCCUAUGAUCAGCAUGACAGGAUGUUGUUCUCCUGGUUCUGUUCAGUUUGUUCUGACAAUGUUCCUCUUAGAACCUUUUAUUAAAGUCCCUCUGAAGCUGCUUUCAGUAGUUUGUGGAAUGAAUCUUGAAAUCAUGGAUCAGGUUCUGAUGGACGUUGAUCUGCUUCUGCUCCAGUCGGUAGAACUUUGAGACGCUUGUUGUUACUUCAGAUCUUCACCUGGUUCAGUAACGAGCUCAUGAGUUUUAAGGUUCUGCAAACAUUAAAGUCUGAAUUCAUCUGAAGCUGCUCAGUUCAGUCUAAAUGGAACGUUCCUUCACCUGUUCUACCUUCACUGGUGGGUUUGUUCACGUUUAGUCCAGAGAUCUAUACCAGGAAAUAUUCACAUUAAACAAUCUGAAAACAGAAUUUAGACUCAGACUGACUGAUCAUGAAGCUGUUUUUUUUGCUCAGAAACAUUAAAAUGUGAUGAAGGUUUUUAAGCAAUGUUUCAGGUUUGAUUUGUUGCAGCUUUUAGAUGUUUAGAGGAUUAAAAGAUGUUCACAUCAAACUGAAUAAAUGUUGAUGAAUCUGAAACAAACUCAGUUUCUGCUUUAGUUUCUGCUAAAGUCAGUGGAUGGAUUUUAAAAAACAGCAGAAAGGAUUUAAAGGAGAGAUUUGAUCUCAGGUUCUAGUCUGUUUAUGUUGUUUAUUUAGGUUGUGUACUGUAGUUAUUGUGAAUAUCGGCUCUCUGAUUGGCUGUCUGCUCGGCUCUCUGAUUGGCUGCCUCUGGUAUUUAGGGCGGGGCUUUGUGUGAUUUCUGAUAUUUUUAGGCUCCGCCCGAAAUACCUGCGGUCAGAGAGGAGAGAACCAGAGCUCUCACUCUAUCGCUUUUUCCAGGCACCAAGUAGAGAGCAGCUGGUGGAGGACGGAUAUUAAUCACAGAUUAAUCAAUAAUCCUUUCAUUAUUAGUAAUUAAGGAGACAGACACCUGAUUCAUAUUUGCAGUUGAAAGGAAAUUCAUGGUUUAUACCUGAAAUGUGCAACCAAUCAGACAGUGGUGGUUGGCGCCAGAGAGCAGAGACGUUUUAAACUAAAGAAAAACUUUAUUAAUAAUCAGAAAAAUUAUGAUUAUUGGAUCAGGUAAACUAUUUAUAGACAAAACAUGGAUCAGAUGCUUCCUCGGUUUGUUCAGAUUAUUAUUAUUGUUAUUAAUAUUAUUCAGAACUCUUCUAUUAAAUCUUUGUCGGUUUUCAGUCAUUUUGAGUUUAAUGAUUUUAGAUGAAGUAAAAAUAAGAUUGAUUCUGAUCAAAUUAAAGGCUUAUAUUUAGAUAAACUGAAUUUAAAAUCUAUUUUCUGAUAUUUUCUGUUAGUUUUAAUUCCUGCUGUGUUUUGAGCUUUAAACGUUAAUCACAGUUUUCAUUCUGAUGUUUUUAAAGUCACGAUCAGAAUCACUUUAGUCCAAUAUUUUACUCUUUUACUUUUUUCUUUUACUUUUCUCAACAUCAACGGUGCGGCUGUGGAGAGGGUGAGCAGCACCAAGUUCCUGGGUGUGUACGUCUCAGAAAAUCUCUCCUGGACCAGAAACACAACAUCACUGGUCAGGAAGGCACAACAACGUCUCUACUUCCUGUGUAAGCUGAGAAGAGCCAGUGCCCCGCCCCCAUCAUGUCCACCUUCUAUAGAGGCACCAUAGAGAGCAUCCUGUCCAGCAGCAUCACAGCGUGGUACGACUCCUGCACCUCCUCCUGCUGCAGGACCCUCCAGCGCAUCGUCAAAGCAGCAGAAAGGAUUGUGGGUGUCUCUCUCCCCUCCCUCCAGGACAUCUACAGCACCCGCCUCACUCCCAAAGCACUAAGCAUUGCAGGAGACCCCACACACCCGUCCCACAACCUGUUCAGCCUGCUGCCAUCAGGGAGGAGACCGAAGAGUCUGAGGACCAGGACCAGCCGACUGAGCAACAGCUUCAUCCACCAGGCUGUCAGGAAGCUGAACUCUCUCCCCUCUCUGCCCUCUCUACCACCCCCUUCCCCCACAUACACAAACUCUGGUCAAUAACCUCUGACCUGCACUGUAAUAGUACAUUCAACCAUCAAGCAUAUUUGCACUUCUUGGACUGUUACUUAUUUGCACUGUUCUGAGUAUUCUGCACUAAAAUCCGUCACUUUAUCUCAUAGUCAUGUUUACAUUUCACUCAGUUCUGCUUUUCUUAGUUCUUAGUUGUUGCUCGGCUCUAAUUUUGCUUCCUUUGUUCUUUUUUGUCCUUUAAUAUCUUAUUUUCUAAGUGUUUAUUUAAUGUCUACUGUUGCACGAAGAGAGAGUAACGAAAUUUUGAUUAUUGGUAUGUCAUGUACAUAUUGAAGAAUUGACAAUAAAACUGAUUUUGACUUUGA